AUGCGACACGAAGGCGAAGGCGUCGCACGGCGAGCGGCCUUCCACGCGCGGGAGCGAGAGCGGCGCGACCGCGAGGCGGCGCAGGGCCUCGCCGAGCUGCCGUCGGAUGAGGCGGCGGGGGUGAAGGAAGUCAGCGCCCGCGAGGUGCUCGAAAGUGUGGCGGAGAGCGGACCAAACUACGUGACGCUGCCGGCAGCGGAGAGACAGAAGGCGCGGCGGGAGCGGCUGCGGGUGGUUGAGGCGGCGAGGCAGGCUGGACAAGCCAUCGUCGACACGGGCACGCACGUCGAGAUUCUGGGAGUGCAGGAGAGGUGGUGGCCGGCCACCAUCAUGGGGCGGCAGCAGGAUGUGGACGGUCGGCUCGUGCACGAGGUCGAGUACGACGGCUAUCCAGGCGAGCAGUACUGGCACGUGCUGGACAACGAGGAGUGGCGGGUUGUGACGGCGCCGGCGUCGGAUGCCGCUGACGCAGCCGCUGACGCCGCCGGCAAUGCUGCCCCUGCCAACGGCGAGGAGAGCGACAGCGAGGAGAGCGGCGAUGAGGCCGCCCCCGCGGCUCUGACGCGGUUGGCAGUGCAGCGCAGCGCGCUGGCGGACGUGCUCGAAGACCUGCACGACGAGUUUCAGGAGGAGGCCACGCGAGGCGACGAUCAGCCACUGCUGUCGCCGCACGGGCCGAGCCUGUCGAAGGCCCUGCGGGUAGCGACACAUCCAAUUCUCGGGGGAAGCUCCAAGAAUGUUUCGUUCUACUUGCAGGAGAGGUCCAAGUAA